CUCCGCCGCCGGUGCUGGGUGCUGCGUGCCAGCUCCCGGCUCCCGGACUCCGGGACUCUGCAUCCGGAGCCCACCAGGCUCUGCUUGGCGCUCGUGUCUGGAUUUAGAGCUACCUGAUCUAAGGGGCUUAGGGUCCCAGUGAGGAAAGAAGAGCAAGCUGCUCUCUGCACACCUGGCCUCUUCCCAGCCCUUGGUGAUCUCACCCUCUCCUCCGUGGCCCUGUCUCUCCUGCGCCAGCAGCUGUUGCAGCAUGAACCCCUGAGCUGAUGAGUCUUAUUAUAGACUGGCUGGCAGAAGAGGGAGCAUUGCAAUUCCCCCUAAGGUGACUGUGGAAGCGGAAACAGGGCCACCCAACGGCUCUCACCUGACCUGCCAGCAGACACUGCAAAGGAUCUGGCCUCUAUCUCCCUGAGCCAUGCUCUCUUUCUUUCUCUCAGGACUGACAGGCAGAGCACCCCGAGGGCUCCUCUCUCCCCAGAGCUGCAGGGCCUGGAGAGCCGUGGGGUUCACCAUGCUGGCACCAGGUAAUGGCUCUGAGCAGAGGACCAGGCUUGCCCUGCAGUGGAGGCAGGUCUCCUGGAUCACCUGCUGGAUCGCCCUAUAUGCUGUGGAGGCCCUCCCCACCUGCCCUUUCUCCUGUAAGUGUGACAGCCGUAGCUUGGAGGUGGAUUGCAGCGGCCUGGGUCUCACUGCUGUGCCUCCGGAUGUGCCCGCUGCCACCCGAACCCUCCUGCUCUUGAACAAUAAGCUGAGCGCCCUGCCAAGCUGGGCUUUUGCCAACCUGUCCAGCCUGCAGCGGUUGGACCUGUCCAACAACUUCCUGGACCAGCUGCCCCGCUCCAUUUUUGAAGACCUGACGAAUCUGACCGAGCUGCAGCUGCGCAAUAACAGCAUCAGGACCCUGGACAGGGAUCUGCUGCAGCAUUCCCCACUGCUGCGCCACCUGGACCUGUCCAUCAACGGCCUGGCCCAGCUGCCCCCGGGGCUUUUUGAUGGACUCCCGGCUCUGCGCUCCCUCUCCCUCCGCUCCAACCGCCUGCAGAACUUGGACCGACUGACGUUUGAGCCCCUGGCGAACCUGCAACUGCUGCAGGUUGGGGACAACCCCUGGGAGUGUGACUGUAACCUUCGAGAAUUCAAACACUGGAUGGAAUGGUUCUCUUACCGAGGGGGGCGCCUGGACCAGCUGGCUUGCACCCUACCCAAGGAACUGAGGGGGAAGGACAUGCGUAUGGUCCCCAUGGAGAUGUUCAACUACUGCUCCCAGCUGGAGGACGAGAACAGCUCAGCUGGGCUGGAUGUUCCUGGGCCACCCUGCACUAAGGCCAGCCCAGAACCCGCUAAGCCCAAGCCUGGGGCUGAGCCUGAGCCAGAACCCAGUACAGCCUGCCCCCAGAAGCAGAGGUACCGGCCAGUGAGUGUGAGGCGAGCCAUCGGCACAGUGAUCAUAGCGGGAGUCGUCUGCGGCAUCGUCUGCAUCAUGAUGGUGGUGGCUGCUGCCUAUGGCUGCAUCUACGCCUCCCUCAUGGCCAAGUACCACCGGGAGCUCAAGAAGCGCCAGCCCCUGAUGGGGGACCCUGAGGGCGAGCACGAAGACCAGAAGCAGAUCUCUUCUGUGGCCUGAGAGCCCCCCACCUAGCCCAGGUAGGAAGGGCACGGAGAGCUCACCGGAGAUGGCUCUGGAAAGGGCUGGCUCUUCCUCCCAUCACGGUCCCUGCCUUGGCCUGACAAUGGCCACUGCUUCCCCAGUGAUAUUCUCCUCCCCAGCCCUCCAGCAGCGCAGCCAUGGGGUGGCCAUCUCCAUGAUCUUCCAGGUCUCCUGGAAGCUGACAUUGUGCUGAAGUCUCCUGCGCGUGCUCCUCUUAAGGCCACUGAAUCUUUGGAAUACUUGGGGGUGCUCCUUAAGCUUCUGGCCACGGGAAGAAAGAACAUGUGUGCAAGAGGAGCCUUCUGGACUGAGCACGCCCGUCGCCCCUCCUGCCCCGGGGGUGGUCGCAGCUGGGUGACUCUCCUAUCUCUUGCUCACUCCCACAUCAUCUGCACUUAGCGGGCAGGGAGGGAGUGAUUUGGGAGCUAGGGGUAGAUUUCUGUGACUCUUUUCUAAUCCAGAAAGGUAUUCUUAGCCCCUCUAUAGUGUGAAAGCUGAGUCCUGCCUUCAGUGGCUAGUACUAACGCGCCGAGACACCAACCCUGUGAUCUGGACACAGCACUUAAACACAACGCUGUGAUUACAGCAUCCUGCCCCAGCAGAUGCCAAUCUGUCCCUGUAUCUGCUACAGAUCACUCUGACCACCCUGCUCCAGGAUUCACUGAAAUUCCCUCACACACAUUCACAGCAUCACCAGCACAGUCUCGUGUAUUGAAAUCACACACACACACACAGUCACAUGAAGACAGAGGCCAUACCAGCUCAGGUGGCAGAGAUAGGCUUCCCCCUCGGGUCUCUAACCCUGGGACCACAGAACUGCUGCUGGCCGCAGUCUUCUCAAAUCAACGGGAGUGGGGGGAGGAACCCAAACCAAUGACACAGGAUUCCUUUGAGAUCCCCUAAAGUGGGCCAAAGUGGUGCUGCUGAAGGAGCCUGCCGUCACCAUGGUAACCUGCUCACACCUCUCCUGCUGGGUUUUCCAGGGACAAGGCCGAGAGGCCUGGAAGCUGCUGCAUGUAUGGACGGCAGCCUCCUGAGAGCCCAGCCACACACUGGGUGUUCCCUCACGAACUGUGAGUGCAGCCUCACUGCCAGGCCGGUGGGGACACCCACCAGUUCCAUGCCUGCAGCCUCAGCACUGCUACUCCGCACCUCCCACCUGCUCCAUCUCCAGCAUCUUCCACCUGUGACCAUGGGGCUGGGACUGGGCUGUGUUCUAGGAUUGGUGGCCCCCCCUUAGGGAAAGCAGGUGGCAGGUAGACGGCACACAGACGGCAUACUGGUCCUCUCUGAGGCUUGGCGACUGCCAACACCUCCCUGUAAGACUCCAGGACAAGGGACAGAAUAGCUCUAUUCUGUUUGGAUCCCUCAAAGCGGGCUUCCUGUCUCAGGGGUUUGUCUAUUCAGUCUGGCUCCUCAGAGCUUCGGAUUGCCCCUAGACUAGGGUCUGAACUAGAGAGUGUGCCCGGGGUCCUGUCUGGGACAGACACACCUAUUUCUGGGGCUGUGCAGGUUUUCAGGGUCUUUGUCCCCUGUUUGAGGCUUCCCUGUCCUUGGGAGGCUGGUGUGUGGUGAGUACCUAGGUCUCCCUCUACUGGACUCUGGCUUCCUCUUGCUCAAAGAGGACCAGGAAAUGCCACGCUGGCUCCCGGCUCUACGAUGGGGGUCCUGGUGUUGGCACUGGGGGAGGACAGCCCUGAAGGAAGGGUCCAUGGAGGGUAUCAGGGCAGGCUCAGCUUGCCUCCCGUUCCUCCUUACUCCAAGAGUGGGUGAGGGGUGUGGAGAGCCUUCGAGAAGGUCGUUCUCCAGCAGGUGGACAGAGAACACCUCAGCACGGGCAUGGGCUGCUUAUCAGAUCACAUGCCCACCCUGGCUGGGGGCACAGUCUUCCUUCCUCUCUUGACUUGCAGACUGACACCAGAGCUGGGGAUUUUCUAAGGGAAUGGGGGAGGGGAGGGCAUUGUCAGUGGUGGUAUCUUUAGCCUGAGACAGAAGAUUUUUAAAGGCAAAAUUAUAUUUCUGGUUUGUUGUUUCAGAAGACCAAUAAAGACUGUAUUUUCCUAUGUA